AUGGAUGCUGAUCAACACGAGACUCUAUUUUCGUCCGUGCGAUCAGGAGACUUAGAAACCGUCAAAGUACUUCUAGACCAAGGACAAUCUUGGAAAUGCCAAGAUACAGAUGGAAACACAUUACUCUACAUAGCCUCGGACCAAGGGCAUGUCGAUUUGGUCAGCUUUCUACUUGCAGUUGAGGAGAAUGAGGCGGCCGGGAAAUGUAUAAACACGGACUCGGACCAUUCUGGGACAACCGUGAUUUCUAGCGACCAAGAUAGUCACAGCGAAGGAGCCAAGCUGUCUAUUCCUGGUCCUGACCAAAGGAAAACUGACCAACUCUGCCGAGCAACAGCCUAUAUAAAUAUAACCAACCAUCUCAAUGAGACACCCCUCUAUACUGCAGCCCAAAACAACUACCUUGAAAUCGUGCAGUUGCUACUGGAUGGUUGCUGCGAUCCUAAAAUCGCCCGCGAUGGGGGCCUCACUCCAAUGCACGCAGCAGCUGGUUCCGGCCAUUUGGGUAUUGUCAAAAUGCUCUUUGAAAGAGGCGGGAGUCUGGAGACUCCAGACGACAAGAAAAUGACGCCACUUCACUCGGCAGUCCGCGGAGGUCAUCUCGAAGUGGUGGAUUUCAUCAUCAAGAAUGCAGACUUGAACGUUGGGGGCCAUCACGGUCUAACGCCGCUUUCCCAAUCUAUCCAACUGGGACAUCUUGACAUAGCAACAUUGCUACUUGAAAAUAAUGCCGAUAUCGAGCUGCCUAAUGAGGAAGGUUGGACACCCCUUCACCUGGCCUGUCACCAUGGCUAUGAGGAUAUUCUACCCCGACUGCUUUCGAAGCACCCAAUCCUGACGAGAGGUAAUCGAGAUUUCGACACAGCGCUUCAGCUUGCUGCAAGGAAUGGGAACAUAAACAAUGUCAAACUCCUUCUCAAGGCCGGGGCAGAUCUCCAACCCAAUGACGCGAGAGAAUCGACCCCUCUUGUCGCCGCUGUAGACUCUGGCAAACGCGAGAUGGUGGAAUUGCUGCUCGACGAGGGUGCAGACAUCGACUGGCCCACCUGUCGGAGUAAAACCCCAUUGUUCCAAGCUAUCGAAUUAAAGCAUUUUGAUAUUGUGCAGUUGCUUGUGGAAAGGGGCGCUGACAUCCACAAACCCAGCAACACAGGCUGGUCGGCACUGCAUUAUGCCGUUGAUGCGGGUUCUCUUGAGAUGACUCAAUUCCUCCUGGAAAAGGGAGCAGAUCACAAGAUCGUAAAUCACGAGAAAUUCACCCUUCUAUCGACCGCUGCGUUUGGAAACCAUCAGGAGAUACUCGGACUACUGUUGGAGCUUGGAGGCAUCGACGUGGAUUCGAAAACCCGGACAGGCUGGAACCCUCUCUCAAUGGCUACGCACUUCGGUUACUUUAGCAUUGCUAAGCUACUCAUCGAGAGCGACGCGGACAUGGGCGUGGUCACAAGCAAUGGCUGCACGGCCCUGCAAAUAGCCACUGAGAAGAACAACACGGAGCUCGUCCAGCUGUUCAUUGACAAGGGUUACAAGAUUCCGACUGCCCAUAGUUCGGGUUGGCCGCCGUUAUAUGAGGCUGUAUCGAACGCGAACACCGAACUAGUAAACAUUCUACUUAUUGCUGGCGCAAACAUGGAGGAACGUGUUGAAGGCUGGACCCCCCUCAAUCUUGCAUCAAAUCGGGGCCAUCAAAGGAUUGUGCAGCUUCUACUAGAACAUGGGGCCAACUUGGAAGCAAAGAGUGAUAACGGGUUCGUGGCAUUGAGCUCAGCUGCUGCGCAAGGACAUACAGACAUCAUCAGAUUAUUGCUCUCCAAAGGUGCAGACUGCUCGGUGAAACACGUCAGGGGCUCAACAAUAUUGCAUUUGGCCGCGGGAGGCGGACAUCUCGAGUCCGUCAGAUACCUUCUCUCACGUGGCGCAAAAUUCGAAGUAGUAGACAAGAAGAACGAUUUCCAAGAGACUCCACUACACACAGCAGCGUACUGUGGCCAUACCUCUGUUGUCAGGCUGCUCGUUGAGAACGGAGCAUGUUUGACUGCGAAGAACAGCACUGGGUGCACGCCGCUAGAAAGAGCUGUUGCUAAAGGCCAUCUGGAGGCUGUCAAAUAUCUUCUUCACGAGUGCCCUGAAGCUCGCUAUGCUACAGAUUUAGAUGGUCGCAUACCGCUGCACACCGCCUGCAGUGACGGGCAUCUUGAGAUAGCGAAGCACCUCCUAGAGCAUGAUGCUUGUGCACUGGUGUCUAUUGACACAGCGGUUAAACCUGAUCAAAAGGCCAAAAGCUGGGAAGAUGAGAGAAUCAAGGUCUCUCUGGAACACCCAAACAUUCAGAGCGACUCCGGAUGGACCCCUCUUCACUUCGCCGCAAAUAACGGGCACGAUGAGGUUGUUCAAUAUUUGCUUGAAAAUGAAGCUGACCAAACGAUCUCAGAUGAAAUGGGAUGGACGCCCCUAUUAUCAGCAUCGUUUUACGGGCAUUUGAAGGUCGUCGAGCUUCUUCUUGCCAAUGUUGGCGGCGAUGCUCGGCUAGUUGACAAAUUCGGUCGCACAGCGUUAUUCCUAGCAGCCUCUCAAGGGCAUCGUUCGAUUGUCAACAAGUUACUCACGGUCCUUGCUAGAGAGGAGAACCUCCUGCUCAGAGCCGACAUAUACAAUUCCACCCCUGUAUCCGUAGCUUUGCGGAACGGACACGAAAUGGUGGUAGCUGAUCUUCUGGACGCAGCCCCGCCAUCAAUAUAUAGUCAAGACCUGGGCGACAAGACUCUCGGUGAAUGGUUGAGGCUUGCGGAAUCUAGUCCUAGCCUGAAGGAUCUUUUUCUGUAUAACGACGGCGAUACCGUUGGCUUGAAGGAUAAAGAAGACGAAACCUUAGAUACCAACAAAUCAUGGUGUCAUGUCUGCGUGAGACUGUUGAACGAUUCCGAUAGCCGCUACAAGUGCCGUGACGGUUGCACGGCUAAGAGUGGCUUCUUGGUCUGCAACAGAUGUUACAACCUGGGUUUGAAAUGCAAGGAUAGAUCGCAUGCUCUGAUGUUGGAGGAGAAGAUAGUUUGA